AUGAUGUUAUUCAAAAAUAGGAUAUUUAUUAACUUUAUUCUCAUUACGUGUCAUGUUAAAAAUUUCGUAAAAUCACAGACGCGUGUUGUUGGUGGUCAAAAUGUAUCUGAUAGAGAAUUUCCGUACAUUGUAUCUAUAAGAUAUCGUAAUGUACAUAUUUGUGGAGGUACAAUCGUCUCAAAUCGUUACAUUCUUUCAGCAGCGCAUUGUUUGAUUAGAUAUAAAUUAUAUAUAUUGUAUGUGAUUACAUAUGUACAAUUAUACGUAAUUAUAUUGGGCCAUUUUCGAAAUAUAAUUAUAUGUAAUUUCUUUUCCUCGAUAAUAAUAAUAAUAAUAAUAAUAAUAAUAAUAAUAAUAAUAAAUUUUUCAAGAAUUUCGCCAUUUUUAUUUACUAUCGUAGCUGGUAUAACUUCAUUGCAUGAAACAGGAAGUGUAUAUUUCGUUCAAUUUCCAAUAGUUCACACAUUUAAUAUUGAAACCCGUUCCAAUGAUAUUGUUUUACUUCGAACAACUCAGAAGAUAUUAUUUAAUUACAAAGUUCAACCAGUUCGGCUCACUUACAUAGAUAUCAAUGCAGAUCGGUAUCCAGUAACUAUGAUCGGUUGGGGAAAAUUUGAGUACAACGGACCUAUUUCGGAACAUUUGCAAAAAAUUCACUUAAGUAUUCUUGACCAUCACAAAUGUAUGCGAGAAUGGAAAUAUGUCAAUAAUGGUCAUAUUUGCAUAUCAACCGGCAUCGGACGAGGCAGCUGUGUGGGUGAUUCAGGUGGCCCCAUACUUGCUAAUCAUUAUCAAAUUGGAAUUAUUUCAUUUGGACAAUUGUGUGCAGUAGGAAAGCCUGAUGUAACUACAAAAGUUUUCCAUUAUCUUGAUUGGAUAAACAGCUAUAUUUUGUAUUAGAUCACAAUUUUAAGCCAUCAUUAAAAUGUAUCCAAAAACAAAUCACAAAUUUGGAGACGAAAGUUAAAUGCAUUACACUUAAGAAAUGGCAUCUAAGGAACCUGUAAAAAAAAUCAUUUUAAAUAUUUUCAGAAUAAAAAAAAAUUUUUUUGCAGUAUAUAUUAGUUAUUAAUAAUCGUUAUAUAUAAUAUAAUUUUUUCAAUGCAAUCGUAAACGUAAAAUAUUCGUGGAAAAUUAAAUAUUCAUAAAGUAAAGAGUAAUUUGUAAACCAAAGAUAGUUAUAGUACUGUUUAAAGUUUUUCUGCAAUACGUAGUCAUAAUUUGAAAAAUACUAUGAUUUCAACGGAAUUAAUUUAGUUAUCAUAAUUAAACUCUGUGUUAUAAACUUCGUUAUUAUACCGAUUCUUCAUUAGUAUGUAUCCUUUGCAAAUAAUUCCACAAUUUAAUCUUCUCAGGCAAUGAUACUGCGGAGUUUAGGAAUAUCGGCUUUUUUGAUGUUGCUUGCCUAUACAACAAGAAAUGUUCUGCAUAGAAACUGUAUAUGUGAUAUAGUAUAAAACCGACGACAAUAAUCAUAAAUAUUAAUUCUAAUAAAGUUGUUAAUAUUUGAAUACUUAUAUAUGUGAAUCUUUUCAUUAUGAUGAUCUAUAUUUUAUGAAGCAACUUUAAUAGA